AUGCGUGUGCAUACAGUUCAAACGCGCCGCGUUCCGUCCGCCCUUUCCCUAGACAACGCCAUCGAUCCGACCCUGAUGGAUACGAGUGUUCCGGCUGUCUAUCCUCCGGCCGUGCGACGGUUCCCUUUCCACGACCACGGGGACAGUUAUGGCUAUGGAGAGCCAGGUCCCAGCUCACCAGCCAAUUUUUCCCAGCGACCAAACGGAACUGGCCCCAGUCACAUACCGAGCGUUUCCGAACGGCUCGGUGGCUAUGGCAGGCGCACCAAUUACGACGAGAAUGGAAUCGAGGUGCAAUUGGCGAACGGUGAUCUGACACUCAUCGGCAAUCGGCUCUGCCAUGAAGGAUCCGGAGUCAGUGUGAACAGUGCCCGCCGAUGUGAAGACGGGCGACCGGAGGGGCGGCUUCAGAUGAUCAAGAAAAUAUGCUCUUUCGGCACGCUGUCCAGUACGGGAUCGGAUACGGAACGCUCCGGUGGGACGAGCCGCACCCAUUAUUGGAUGCUGAUGAUCACACCGGUUGUGUCAAGUUUCUCGUUGGCCCUCGUCAUUGCAGCCGUCGUGGGUCCGCAGUGGCUUCUAACCGAAGAGAAGAUACCGUACACACCUUCGUUCCACAACACGUCCCACUCCCACGGUGCGAUACCUUCCACAACGACGGGUUUCAAAAAUCAACACCAACAGCAGCUAAACAUCCAGCAUCCGCAUCUGAUUCCCACAAGCAAGGACGACGCAGCAAGUGGCUUCGCGACAAAGUACACCAAGUCCUCCCUCUGGAUGCUGUGCAGCAAAUACAGUGGUGGAACCAGCGCCGGGCAGCAGCAGCCACAGCAGCAGUCAGAAGGCAGCGACUUCCAGUGUGCCAGCAUCGAUUACUUCCCGAGCGAAGGCUACAGUCCGGACCCGAAUGAUUCGACCAAUGCGAUUCCCUAUACCGUAACGCACUCGUCACCGUUCUUUCUCGCCUCGAACGGGGUGCUCAUCGUCAGUUACGGCCUCUUCCUGGUGGCAAUGUGCUCGACGAAGCACAAAAUCUGUUACUUUAUCUCCGGGGUGCUAUUUAUAAUAUCCGGACUGCUGAUGCUGAUUGGGUUGAUCAUGUACAUCUCGAUACUGAAGGCCGAGAUAGGGUCCAAGUUGCGGCCAAGGUCAUCGCUGCAGGCCCCCCAGUUUACGUUCCGAUACGGCCAAAGCUUCCUGCUGUAUGUGUUUGGAUUCAUCAUCACGGAACUGUCUGGCAUACUGAACGUGCUGAUCUACUCGAACGUACAGGAGCAACAGGAGCAGGCCGAGUACGGCGAUGACGGCGCUCUGUAUCCGACGUAUCAGAACCUUUCCGACUACGUCGGUUUGCAUUACCGGCGCGAGUGGAACGCGCGUCCACAGCACGAACGGCUCAAACCGGAAGGCGGAGUGAGCCCGGGACCACCGAUCGCCAACUAUCGCUACCCGUUCGAUGACAUGGAAUGUGAAACAUCACCAAGGUACUACUUUGAGAACACUCGGCCCGAUGUGGAGCCGGACUGCCGUGUGCAUCAUGCUCACCAUCGACCACUAGGACGCACGGCCGAUGACGGCGGUAUUACGAAAAGUCUCACAGACCUUCUCUACACCGAACCAACAGCAGCUCAGCCGGCCCCGGAGGACGGUCAGCCUAACGGCGACAGAAGUGGCUAUCGGGGAAGUGAAACCGUACGGUCACCCUCCAUCGCGCCCCAUGUAGACGGUUCGCAAUGGUCAUUGGGAGCGAAGCUCACACGAAGUGUGUCAACCUACACGGACCUGAUGCCGCUGAACACCGGUAACGGUGCGGACGAAGACGAGUUCAACCAGCGGCGAAGAAGGACUCGUUCGACGAACACCUCGGAUGGUGAGCUGAAGGAUAAUGACGGUAGAAACGACCGCGAAAAGCGGGGCAACAUUUGCGGGUUCUCGCGGCAGUACCUUUCGCGAGAGCUUUCGAAGGAAAAGCUGUUCAACGAGUUCUGCAAGAAGGUUGGCCCGAGACCAAAGCCGAAGAACAUCUACUACAUCGAAAGUGAGCCCCGGAACGGUGACAAAAGCUAUCGGAACGUGUUCGUGGUGGAACCAUCGUCGCCGGUCGGUGGUCGCGGGUUGAAGCACCGUCGCAGGAACUCUAUGGCGGAAAUGCGACGGAAAUCGGAACAGAUCCCGGGAACAGGAUGCAUUUCCUAUCGCCAUCGAUCGGACGACGCGUUGGAUCGUUUCGAGCCGGCAGAGCAUGGCGAACGAAGCGAAGGAUACUACCGGCGGCGUGACCCGAUCGGGCGGGCACGCUCCGUUGACUAUCGGCAAACGUUGCCCCGUAACUUUCAGCACCGUCACCUGCAGCUAGACACAGAACCGGAAGAUGACACCGGUGGAUUCGGAGAGCGUCUGGCGCUGGACGGAAAGCGUGUGUCGGCUAGCGGACUUCUGCUCGAGCCCGUACGGCUUAACUCCUCACAUGGCGAUCUAACCUCGGAGGGAUCGUUGUCUUCCCCCGGCGUUGGAAGGUGGCCCCAGGGUGCGGGAAAACUGCUCCAACCGCAACCUGUCAGACGAUCGGUGACGAUCCACUGUCCAAAGUAUCUCGAUCCACCCACUUACAUGUCGACGGCGCUGGAAUCGAUCGCAUCACCGCGACAGCAGCAUCACUCGGACGCUGCGCAGGUAUACCGAAGCUACGGGGAUCUGGCCGAUUCGAAUUACUUCCGUCGUCCAACGAUCCUCUCUCCACAAGUGUUCUCGCCCCUCAGUCCCACUCCGACGACGACGGUACGAUCUAUUUUAACACCGGGCCAGGCACAGCAUCGACACCAUCACCAUCGCACACACGACCAGCAACCACAACAGCACCAUCAGAAGUCCGUGCCAUCCAAUUCUCUUCUGCAGUCACUUCCUUCGCCCGUAUUCGAUCUCGAUCGUAUUGAGCUCGAGCGCCGGAAGUCCCAUUCGCAACUGUUUCUUAGCAGUCCCGCCAGUAGCUCUACAACUGCAGCCCCCGGACAGUAUGAUUACGUGAAUGGAACAGCCGUUUAG